AUUUUAGUUGAAUGUCAGCUUCACUUUCUGGUAUGGUAUGUUUAGUAGGUACAAUAUGACCGGAAAUGAGAGUUAUAAUUCCUGCUGCCUUCACAACGGUGUUAGAUGGAAGGAAAGAGUAGGAGGGGGGCACAAAUUGAGACAGAGCCCACAUACAUUUGCAUUCACUAUUUCCCCACUGCAUAUCUGAAAGACAGUAUGAGCCCACACCGCUCAGCCUCCGCUCGUUAAUUAAUCGUCAGCGCCGGAGCAGGGGGCACUUUCCGCAGCGGGGUGGGUCUGGACCGACACUUUCUCUACACUUUGCAAUAUCUUUGCACCCCCCGUGUCCGUCCAGUCGGCUGCAGCUGUCUCUCCACAGCAGCGGGAGAGGUCCAGUCGAGCCGAACCCCGCUGAGCCAUGCGACAGUGGUGUGUCCCCGCUGCGACCCCACGCACCGAACCACUCCCGGGGCGCCUGUCCGUGUCCCCCCCUCCACCAGAUGCCAGGAUGGAGUGCUGUGAGGUGGAGCCGCGAUACACCAUCGAACAGAUCGACCUCCUCCAGCGCCUGCGUCUGUCCGGCAUGACCAAACCUCAGAUCAUCCACGCUUUGGAGUCCCUGGAGAGACUCGACCCCGAUCACCGCCCGUCGCACUGUGACUCUCACCCUGCCCCGUCCAACAACGCCCCGGCCGCCGCCGCUCCAGCCCCGUCUUCGUCUUCGUCCUCCUCCUCCUCGCUCUCCCUUGCCUCCGCUACCACGCAGACCUCAGGCCUGGACGGCGCCGCUCUGUCCCCCAGCAACAGCUACGAGGCCUCGCCUCCGCCCCUCUACCCUCCCAGCGUGGCGGUUCAGCGGUCGUUCAGCUACGACAUGAUGGGGGAGGAGGAGUGGGACCUGGAGGAGAAGGUUGAGGAGUACAUGAGGAGAGACAGCAACCUGGUGAAAGAAGAGAUCAAAACCUUCCUCAACAAUCGCAGGAUCUCUCAGGCGAUCGUGGGCCAAGUCACAGGCAUCAGCCAGAGCUACAUCUCCCAGUGGCUGCUGCAGCAAGGCCUGGAGAUGAGCGACUCCAAACGCAGAGCCUUCUACCGCUGGUACCUGCUGGAGAGGAACAACCCAGGGCUGAGGUGGAGUGAAAGCCAGCACAGCGUGAGCCCCAUGACCAGGGCCAGGGGAGGGGACAGAGACGGGACAGUGGCAGGGGCAAGUGGCAGCCUCCCCAACCCCAACACCAACCUCAACCCCAACCCAUCGUGGAGCAGGCAGAGAGAGCUGCUGAUGCACUUGCUGCCGUGGUACACUGCUGCUGCAGCGGCUGCCCAGGUCCAGCCAGGCGCCACCUUAUCAAUGCGGUCUCUGGUGAAGGAGGAGCCUGACUGGAGGACGGGGAUCAUUGCCGGGGACAGAGCGGGGAUCGUCGCCGGUCCACUGAGGCUGCGGAGGGGAAGCAGGUUCACCUGGAGGAAGGAGUGCCAAUCAAUUAUGGAGAGCUUCUUCAUGGAGAACCAGUACCCAGAUGAGGCCAAGCGAGAGGAGAUCGCCAACGCCUGUAACUCCGUCAUCCAGAAACCAGGCUGUAAGCUGUCUGAGUUUGAGCGUGUGACAGCUUUGAAGGUGUACAACUGGUUUGCCAACCGUAGGAAGGAGAUGAAGAGACGAGCGAAUAUUGAAGCUGCCAUUUUAGAAAGCCAUGGAAUUGAGGUGCCAAGUCCAAGCUGCCACUCAAACGGAGAGGAUGGAGAGAUGCAAGAGUUUGCGGAACAGGUGACUCAUCGAUUCUCAGAGCAAGAAGACACGCCUUCCCAGAGGAUUGUCGACCAACAUGAUCCCUCCUCGUUGGCCAGCACAGAGGUGGCAGCCCUACCCAGCCCCAGCACUCAGGUCCUGGAACAGAAAGACGAGGAUUCAAAAAGGGAGACUGUGGACGAAGAGUGACCAAAGCCGGUGCAGCCAGUGGAUCGCCAUAUUUGAAUUUUAAUCAUAUGAAAUAAGAAAACAAUAAGUGUCUCCUGCCCCACCCAGGGCCUUUCAGGCAUAUGACACCCAAAAGGCAAAGGGAGGAGGUCGCUGAAACUCGCUAAGGUGCCUCAGAUGGUAAGGAGGCCACUGUAUUUAUCAACAGUAAUCCUGCUUAUAUUAAUGGCAAUAUACAAUAUAUAUAUAUCAAUAUAUAGUGCAUUCCAAGAUGGUAUUAAAUUCCUAAAUUCCUUAGAGGGAGAAUUAUGUAAAGGAUACCUCGUCCAUUUUAAGCUAAGCUUCUUCUGCUUUUUUUGCUACAUGCCUUCUUUUGGCUUUUUCAAAAGGUGCCUGUUUGAUGGACUGUGGUGACAUGAAUGUGCUGAGCCUGCAGGUCAGGUGUGUUUGGGUGUGGGGAGAACGGGCGGCAUCGAGGAUCUAGUGUGCGGUGAAUCAAAUGCCCGCUGCUCGCUUGAAUGUCUUUAACCCCCAUAUGGUUCACAAGACUCUAACCUCAAUCAGUCGAUUGAUUAAAUCAGUCGAUCAGUCAACGAGUGCUGUUUCCAUCGAAUCCGUAAAGCCCUGAGGGACAACUGGAAUCUCAGGUAAUCCCAACAAAUCAUGGACAAAGACGGUGAAGAGUUGCACCAGGUUCCUUUCAACAUGUGCUUUAUUUUUUGCAUCUUAUCUGUGUUUAACCAAAACAUGAUGUUAUUUAUACCUUUAUAUAUUAGCCAGACAAGCCUAGGACACUAUCUCCUAGUAUCUCUUCAUCAUCCGUCUUCUUUCUUAUACUGAAUGCUGCUGUUGGGUCAUUUUUGUAGUCACCUCAAACCUCAGCCAGUGAAGCUAGACUAGUUAAAAAAGUCUACCCAGACUUUUUCCUCCUUCUUUUUUUUCUUUUUUUUUUUUUUUAAUAUCGUUUGAAAGAACGCUAAAAGAGAUGUGAUCAAAUAUCAUAAUGUGUCAGUGUAAAUGCUACAAGCACCUUCUCUCCUAUUGAGAUAAGCUAAAGCUUAAGCUCAUGUAAGUUUGUAUGACUGCAAAGCUGCACUUCAAAGUGGGAUGUCACUCUAACUGUAAGAGGGGAGCUUUCCAGACUGUACAUGCGUUUGAGCCAUGUACAUAACCCAUAUCCAGAAAAUAUACACGUCUGUGGGUGCUUUCUGUUCACUUACACUAGCAGUAUAUAGAAACUGUUAUUUGUCAAACUUGAAAUAGCUGAGUUAAACUUUGCAUUACAUAGUCCCUUAUAUUGUCUGGCCCAAGGCCUACGGAGUUACCUCCUAGAUGUUCAUAUAAUGAACGAACAUGCUUGUUCUCAAAUGCCCCCCUCAACAGGGUGCUACCGUGUUACCUCCUAAUGCCAAAGCUAUGCCAAGGUAGAGAAGAGCUACAGGAUAUGACAGUCACAACACUAUAGACGUACAGAUGUAAUACAUGUUUAGUUGCUCAGUACAACACUAGCCAACUCUAGCUUACCUCAGAAUAAACUGUGUGUCAUGAGCGUGUCACAGGCCGGCUGUUGCUGAGACGCAGACAGCGGCCAGUCGUGACCGUUCAUGCCGUGGACUAUGUAACGUAGCAUUUAUGACAGUGGGGGGGUCCACCCUGUGCCGUUCACAGGUACACUCACCUCAGACAGUUCUCUCGUCCAGCUUCGGACAGGAACCCCCAAAGCUGCACGUCAUUUCUGAUGGAUUAUGCUCCUCUUUAUCUGCUUUUAUCCGACAAGGGAAAACAAUAACAAUAAAAUUGUACACAAUCA